UAAAAAGAAAAAAAGGAAAAUUUAAAACCAAAAGGAUAAGAAGACGAACAACCAGCUAAGUUAACGGCUACGACAGUGAAGCAGAAGCAAAAACACAAGCGUAGCAUUUAUCUCACCGUCGCAAACUCUCCGGCGAUACGCAUAUGGAAACCACUACAGUACUUAUUCAAUUCUAACAACCAACCAACUAACUAACUAGAAGAGUCCACAUCCAAUGGCAACAGCAACACGUGUCCCAAUUCGUUUCCCUAAUAAUAAAUACGCUUGCGUGGCACCAUCCUCACCCUUGUUCUACCUACCUUGUACAGCAUUUACUUCGUUUCCACUUCCAGAGUCUUCUGCUCUCUCUUUUCCUUCACUCUCAAAAACACACAAUUGCAAAGCUGGUUUUAGGAAAUUAGUAGCGGUUUCAGCGUCAAUGACGGAUUCCACUUCAAGCACUGUCCUUGUCACCGGAGCUGGUGGUAGAACUGGUUCAAUAGUUUAUAAGAAAUUAAAGGAGAGGUCUGGCCAAUAUGUUGCAAGAGGUUUGGUCAGGACUCAAGAGAGUAAGGAUAAAAUUAGCGGAGCAGAGGAUGUUUUUAUUGGCGAUAUAAGGGAAACCGAAAGCAUUGUUCCUGCUAUCCAAGGAAUUGAUGCUCUCAUUAUUCUCACAAGUGCAGUGCCAAAGAUGAAACCUGGGUUUGACCCAACUAAAGGCGGAAGGCCUGAGUUUUAUUUUGAAGACGGAGCAUAUCCUGAACAGGUUGACUGGACUGGUCAGAAAAAUCAAAUUGAUGCUGCUAAGGCUGCAGGAGUAAAGCAAAUUGUGUUGGUUGGUUCUAUGGGUGGAACAAAUCUUAAUCACCCCUUGAACAGUUUGGGCAAUGGGAAUAUAUUAGUCUGGAAGAGAAAGGCUGAACAGUAUUUGGCUGACUCUGGCAUUCCAUACACAAUUAUAAGGGCCGGAGGACUACAGGACAAAGAAGGAGGUGUGCGAGAAUUACUCAUUGGGAAGGAUGAUGAGCUUCUUCAGACAGAGACUAGAACCAUUGCUAGGGCUGAUGUUGCAGAAGUCUGCAUUCAGGCAUUGCAGUUUGAGGAAGCUAAAUUUAAGGCAUUUGACCUGGCCUCCAAGCCAGAGGGGACCGGCAGUCCGACCAAAGAUUUUAAGGCUCUUUUUUCCCAAGUCACUACCCGAUUUUGAUUCUUACUGGACCAUUAUCAUUGGUCUUGGAUUAUUGCUGUCUUUCUGUGCUUUAAAUCAGAAUGUUGUGUUUGCUUUCAAUAUUGUAAUACCCUUCAGUUGAUUAGGAGAAAGAGCAUGAUCAGAGGAUCAAGCAUAUCAGCUGUCUUUCUAUAACUAGCAAUAAAAUGAUGCAUAUGCUGUAUUA